GCCCUGCGCACUCCCCAGAGGGUCCCGAGAGCCGCUGUUUCCCGAGCGGCCAUGAGCAAGCGCAACCAGGUGUCUUACGUGCGGCCCUCCGAGCCGGCCUUCCUGGCCCGCUUCAAGGAACGGGUCGGCUACCGGGAAGGGCCCACCGUAGAGACCAAGAGAAUCCAGCCUCAGCUCCCAGAUGAAGAUGGUGAUCACAGUGACAAAGAAGAUGAACAGCCCCAAGUGGUGGUUUUAAAAAAGGGAGACCUGUCAGCUGAAGACGUCAUGAAAAUUAAAGCAGAAAUAAAGGCUGCCAAAGCAGAUGAAGAACCAGCUUCAGCUGAUGGAAGAAUCAUGUAUCGAAAACCAGUGAAGCGUUCCCCGGAUGAAAAAUAUUCAGGUUUAACAGCGAGCUCAAAAAAGAAAAAGACAAGUGAAGAUGAAAUAAAUCAGCAGGACUCAGUUAAAAAGAACACACAAAAGCAAGUAAAAAACAGUAGCCUCCUUUCUUUUGACAGUGAAGAUGAAAAUUAAUGAGUAUAAACAUUUUGGACUUAGUUUUUAAAGCAUAUGGGAUUUUUAAAAAUAAUCUUUUCUUCCUAUUAUAAAGAUAAUAAAAGUGCAUUUUUGAAAAUUUAGUAAAUACCAAAAAAAAUUUUAGUAAGAUAAAAGCUGUCCAUCCAUUAAUACCCCUUUUGACUUGAAAUGCAAACUCUGUAGAUGUUAACUAGUAUUAUUAACACUUUGUUAAUUCCCUUCUGGGGUGUGUAUAUAUGUAAAUUAUAUUUUUUAACAAAGAUUAUAUUGUGAUUGUAAUGUGUCUGUUCUCUAGUUUCUCAGUUGACAUUAUAUUGUAUUUUCUAGGUCAGUAAUAACCAGAGGAUUUGGUAAUUAAACAAAUCCCCUACUGCAUCUUCGUCUAGCAAAACCCCAGUUUGGGUGGGGGAGAUCAUAAUGUGUAUAGUCAAGAAUACUUCUCAGUUCCUGCUAAGGGUAGCCCUGUGACAGUUCUGGCAAGUUAUGAGAUAUAAGUGGGUCUUAUACAAGGAAGGAUCUAAUACAAAUGAUCUUGAUACAAAUUAGGAUCUGAUGUGUAACAUGGUGGUGACUCUAGUUGGUAAAACUAAAGAAAGACACAAAUGGAAGUCUGCUUCAUAAAGCUAGUAGGUUUUUUGAUAUGGCAAGCAUUAACUUUUGUCCAGUUUUAUUGAGAAAUAAUUGACAUAUUACUAUAAAGUUUGAGGCAUACUACAUGUUUUGAUUUAUAUCUAUUGUGAAAAGUAUUUGAAUAUUUUUAAAGCUUUUGAAGCUUACUUUCAAAUUGCUUUCUAGAGAGGUUUUUACCAUUUUAUUCAUUUAACAUCUCCAGGAGCCCACUUGCCUCAUCCAUAACAGUGCACCUGCAUGGGCUAGAACCAGCCUUUUCAUCUUUGUCAAUUUGAUGUAUUGAAAAUGGUGUUUAAUAGUUAAAUUGACAUUUUCUUUGAUUUACAAGGGAAGCUAAUUUUUUUUUCAUAUUUAACAAACCAUUUUGUAUUUCUUUGUCCAAUUAACUUUUUGUUCAUUUCCCAUUAGUACAGUCAUGUUUUUCUUACUAAUUUCUAAGUUAUAUAAUCUAUCUUUUCUGUUGUUAUUCUUUGUGUCUCAUCCUCUAUAUUAGAUAAAGAACCCCUUGUAUUCUCUUGUUCUUUGUGUUUAUUUUUUACAUUUUAAAAUUUGUCCCCUCUGGAAGUUAUUUUGGUAUACUUUUUUUCUUGAAUAAUUACAUUGUCCUAGAACCA